AUGGCUUCAAACACCAUGGCCGGUUUGAUCACUGGCUCUAACUCUCAUUUCUCACAUGACUCUGAUGAGCAUAAGCCUCCUACUGCUAAAUCUUCUGCGAAAAUAUGUCGUGUUUGUGGUGAUGAGAUUGGAUAUAAGGAAAAUGGAGAGCUUUUUGUUGCUUGUCAUGUUUGUGGAUUUCCUGUUUGUAAACCUUGUUAUGAGUAUGAGAGGAGUGAAGGGAAUCAAUGUUGUCCUCAAUGCAACACUCGCUAUAAGCGCCAUAAAGGUUGUCCAAGAGUGGUUGGAGAUGAAGAUGAGAACCUUGAUGGAGAUGAUUUUGAAGAUGAGUUUCCAAUCAAGAAGCAUCACGAUGAUCUAGACCAGAACCGCGAUGUUAAUCAUGUGGAAAAUUCGGACUACAAUCAACCAAAAUUAUAUCCUGGACAGGCUUUUUCUUAUGCUGGAAGUGUUGCUGGCAAGGAUUUUGAAGGGGAGAAGGAAUCCCUCAGCAAUGCAGAAUGGCAAGAGAGAGUAGAAAAAUGGAAAGUAAGGCAAGAAAAGAGAGGUCUACUAAACAAAGAGGAUGGUAAAGAAGACCAAGUUGAAGAAGAUGAGUAUCUUUUGACUGAAGCAAGACAACCGUUAUGGCGCAAAGUUCCAAUAGCAUCAAGCUUAAUCAAUCCAUACCGUAUCGUAAUUGUGAUGAGACUAGUAAUUCUAGCAUUCUUCUUCCGUUUCCGUAUCUUAACACCAGCAUAUGAUGCAUAUCCUUUAUGGCUCAUAUCAGUCAUAUGUGAAAUAUGGUUUGCACUGUCAUGGAUACUUGAUCAGUUUCCGAAAUGGUUACCAAUCACGCGUGAAACUUACUUAGACCGUUUAUCUAUAAGAUUCGAACGUGAAGGUGAACCGAACCAACUUUCGCCUGUUGAUGUUUUUGUUAGUUCUGUUGAUCCUUUGAAAGAACCGCCUAUUAUAACAGCAAACACCGUUCUGUCGAUUCUUUCUGUUGACUACCCUGUUGAGAAAGUCACAGCCUAUGUCUCAGAUGAUGGUGCUUCUAUGCUUUUGUUCGAUUGUUUGGCCGAAACUUCCGAGUUUGCGAGACGGUGGGUUCCUUUUUGUAAAAAGUAUAGUAUUGAACCAAGGGCACCGGAGUAUUAUUUUUCGGAGAAAAUUGAUUACUUGAAGGAUAAGGUUCAGCCUACUUUUGUCAAGGAAAGAAGGUCUAUGAAGAGAGAAUAUGAAGAAUUUAAAGUGAAAAUUAAUGCUUUAGUGGCAAAGGCUUUGAAGAAACCAGAAGAGGGUUGGGUUAUGCAAGAUGGAACUCCAUGGCCUGGCAACAACACCCGCGAUCAUCCAGGAAUGAUUCAGGUUUACUUGGGAAGUGGUGGUGCACUAGACGUGGAAGGCAAGGAACUGCCAAAACUUGUGUAUAUUUCACGUGAAAAACGUCCCGGUUAUCCACAUCAUAAGAAAGCCGGUGCCAUGAAUGCUUUGGUUCGAGUUUCUGCUGUGCUUACAAAUGCACCAUUCAUGUUGAAUCUUGAUUGUGAUCACUACAUCAACAAUAGCAAGGCUCUUAGAGAGGCCAUGUGCUUCCUAAUGGAUCCUCAGCUAGGGAAGAAACUUUGCUAUGUCCAAUUUCCUCAAAGAUUUGAUGGUAUUGAUCGCCACGAUCGAUAUGCUAAUCGCAACACUGUGUUCUUUGAUAUCAAUAUGAAAGGGCUUGAUGGGAUCCAAGGUCCAGUUUACGUCGGUACGGGAACCGUGUUCAACAGACAAGCAUUGUAUGGAUAUGAUCCACCAGUUUCUGAGAAAAGGCCAAAAAUGACAUGUGAUUGUUGGCCAAAAUGGUGUUGCUUUUGUUGCGGCUCAAGAAAAACCAAAUCAAAAAAGAAGUCAGGAACAAGUGGAAGAGGUCUAUUCAGUAGAAUGUACAGGAAGAAGAAAAUGGGGGGGAAAGAUUAUGUUAGAAAAGAUUCUAGUUCCAUGUUUGAUCUUGAAGAGAUUGAAGAAGGACUUGAAGGGUAUGAGGAGCUAGAGAAAUCAUCACUCAUGUCACAGAAAAGUUUCGAGAAACGAUUUGGACAGUCCCCGGUUUUCAUUGCCUCAACUUUGAUGGAAAAUGGAGGACUUCCUGAAGGCACAAACACACAAUCAUUGGUUAAGGAAGCCAUUCAUAACAUAAGUUGUGGCUAUGAAGAGAAGACUGAUUGGGGAAAAGAGAUUGGAUGGAUUUAUGGCUCAGUCACAGAAGAUAUAUUGACUGGAUUUAAGAUGCAUUGUAGAGGAUGGAAAUCGGUAUAUUGUAUGCCGAAGAGGCCUGCCUUCAAGGGAUCUGCUCCAAUCAAUCUGUCAGAUAGGUUGCAUCAAGUUCUGCGAUGGGCUCUUGGUUCUGUCGAGAUCUUCAUGAGUCGCCAUUGUCCACUUUGGUAUGGUUACGGAGGAAAAUUGAAGUAUCUAGAGAGGCUCGCUUAUACUAAUACCAUUGUUUAUCCUUUCACUUCGAUCCCUUUGAUUGCAUACUGCACAAUUCCAGCCGUGUGCCUCUUGACCGGAAAGUUCAUCAUUCCAACGCUGACCAACCUUGCUAGUGUUUGGUUUAUGGCAUUGUUUAUCUCCAUCAUUUUAACUGGAGUACUCGAGCUUCGAUGGAGUGGAGUUACCAUCGAAGACUGGUGGAGAAACGAGCAAUUUUGGGUGAUUGGAGGUGUCUCAGCGCAUCUUUUCGCAGUGUUUCAAGGUCUGCUCAAGGUUCUUGCAGGAGUAGACACAAACUUCACUGUCACGGCAAAAGCAGCAGAUGAUGCUGAAUUCGGAGAGUUAUAUCUCUUCAAAUGGACUACACUUCUCAUUCCACCAACCACUCUUAUAAUCUUGAACAUUGUCGGAGUUGUGGCUGGUGUCUCUGAUGCAAUUAACAAUGGUUAUGGUUCUUGGGGACCUUUAUUUGGGAAACUGUUCUUUGCAUUUUGGGUCAUUGUUCAUUUAUAUCCUUUCCUUAAAGGUCUCAUGGGAAAACAAAACAGGACUCCUACAAUUGUGGUGCUUUGGUCAAUUCUCUUGGCAUCAAUUUUCUCAUUGAUUUGGGUUAGGAUUGAUCCUUUCUUGCCUAAGCAAAAUGGUCCUAUACUCAAACAAUGUGGUGUAGAAUGCUGA